UAUUCUGCUGUGUGUUUGUUAUCUUGUUUAUUUUCUCCAGUCACUCUAAAGCUGGAUGCAGUGUGCAAACUUGCAGGAGCCUUUGGUUUGCCUGCAGCUGUUAAAGAAGGGGAUGUUAUUCUGGGGGGACUGUUCUCAGUUCAUGAUAUGGUGCUGGAGCCAGACCUGUCUUUCAUCUCUAAACCUGAUUCCACACGAUGUUCGGGAUUGAAUUUUCGGACCUUUAGAUGGAUGCAAACUAUGAUUUUCACAAUUGAAGAAAUAAAUAAGAAUGAGCAGCUCCUGCCAGACAUAAAACUGGGUUAUAAGAUCUAUGACUCCUGUAACACCCAUUUCCAUGCACUGAGAGCUGUGGUCACUCUGGUGAAUGGGCAGGAGGAGACAGCCACUGACUCCAGCUGUACUCCUUCUGUACCGGCUGUCAUUGGAGACGGAGGGUCUACGUUAUCUAUUGUGGUAGCCCGAUUGCUCGGGGUUUUCAAAGUGCCACAGAUCAGCUACUUUUCCAGCUGUGCAUGUCUGAGUAACAAGGAGGAAUAUCCUGCAUUUCUGAGGACGAUACCAAGUGAUUUUUUUCAAGUUAGUGCAUUAGCCCAACUUGUGAAACACUUCGGAUGGACCUGGAUUGGCACGGUCGCAGGGAGUGGUGACUAUGGACGAUUAGGAGUCCAAAUAUUGAAUGAACAAAUCAGACAGCUUGGGGCUUGCAUUGCCUUUACUGAAAGCAUUCCUAAAAAUCAUGCUCCAGGAAAGAUUUCACAAAUAGUGAAGAUCAUUAAAGCCUCCAGCGCAAAGGUGGUGGUAGUGUUUUCUGUAGAACAAGAUGCACAGGCUGUGUUUCAAGAAGUUUUGCGUCAGAACCUGACAGGGAUUCAGUGGAUAGCGAGUGAAGCCUGGGUUACUGCUGCCUUGCUUUCCUCCCCAGAAUACCUUCAAAUCCUUGGUGGGUCUGUAGGGUUUGCAAUACGCAGGGCAGAUAUACCAGGACUUAAAAAAUUUCUUCUCAAGCUGAAUCCGUCAUCUGCCAAUGAAAACCCUUUCGUCCUGGAGUUUUGGGAGAAAAACUUUGGCUGCUCUUUUCAAAAGAGAGAUAAUGACACGAAUGAGAGCAAGCCAUUGUGUACUGGACAUGAAGAUUUAGCUGCCAGAGAGAACAUAUACUCUGAUGUGACCCAGUUAAGAGUAUCAUAUAAUGUCUACAAAUCAGUAUAUGCACUUGCCCAUUCUCUCCAUAACAUGAGAGCUUGUGAAAAUGGCAAGGGUCCAUUUGCAAAUGCAACCUGCCCAAACAUUUCAAGCAUUGAACCUUGGCAGCUUCUGCACUACCUAAAGAAUGUACAGUUUACUAACGCAUUGGGAGAGGAGACCAGCUUUGAUGAGAAUGGAGAUCCAAUGCCAGUCUAUGAUCUGGUCAACUGGCAGGAAGCAAAUGACGGCUCAAUUAAGUUUGUCACAGUGGGCAAGUUUGACAGUAUUUUGAAUCAGAACCCAAAGCUGAAAAUUGAUGAAGAAACAAUCAUAUGGAAUGGCCAAAAGAGACAAGUCCCGAUGUCAGUGUGCAGUGAAAGCUGCCCCCCAGGUACCAGAAAGGGCAUCAAGCCAGGCUUCCCUAUUUGCUGCUUUGACUGUAUACUCUGUGCAGAUGGGGAGAUUAGCAAUCAGACUGAUUCGAUAACAUGCAUUAAAUGCCUGCCAGAAUUUUGGUCCAACAUAAAGAGGGAUGAAUGCAUUCCUAAGGAAGUGGAGUACCUCUCCUUUGCAGAUACCAUGGGCAUCACUUUGAUGUCAGUGUCGUUACUAGGAUCUUUCCUCACCAUUGCCAUUGCAGCAGUUUUUGCAUAUUACAGAAACACACCCAUUGUAAAGGCCAAUAACUCAGAGCUCAGCUUCCUCAUUUUAGUUUCCUUGGUGCUGUGUUUUCUCUGCUCACUUGCCUUCAUAGGACAGCCCACUACAUGGUCUUGCAUGCUGCGCCACACUGUUUUCGGUAUUGCGUUUGUUCUUUGCAUUUCAUGCCUUCUGGGGAAAACCAUAGUUGUGCUGUUUGCAUUCAAAGCCAAUCAUCCAGGCAGUAACAUGAUGAAAUGGUUUGGCCCUACCCAGCAGAGAGCAGUCAUCUUUCUAUGUACUUUAAUUCAAGUACUGAUUUGCACUGUGUGGUUAGUAAUAUCACCAUCCUCCCCAGUGAAAACCAUGAACUUUCAAAGUUCAAAGAUCAUUCUGGAAUGUGAUGUGGGAUCUGUGAUGGCCUUCUCUCUUGUUCUCGGGUAUAUAGGUUUCCUGUCUUGUUUGUGCUUUUUGCUGGCGUUCUUAGCACGGAAACUACCCGACAACUUUAAUGAAGCCAAAUUCAUCACGUUUAGCAUGCUGAUUUUCUUCGCCGUGUGGAUCACAUUCAUCCCUGCCUAUGUGAGUAGCCCUGGAAAGUAUACUGUGGCAGUUGAAAUCUUUGCCAUUUUGUCUUCCAGCUUUGGGCUUCUGGUCUGUUUAUUUUUCCCCAAAUGUUAUAUUAUUUUAAUGAAACCAGAAAAAAAUACCAAGAAGCACCUUAUGGGGAAAACAGCAUCAGAAAAGCGAAUUUAA